GAUGCUCUGUAACACGAUAGCGGCUGUUGCAAGCCAGUCGUUUGAAUUGCGAGAGAAAAUAUUAAAAAAGCAUGGUUAAUCAAGUGGUGACGCAAGUGAAAACACCCUUUUUCCUGAUACCGCAGCGGUACAUACUGGGUAUAAUGGGUUUUUUGGCAGUGGUGAACGCAUACACGAUGAGGGUGUCUCUGUCGAUAGCCAUCACGGAAAUGGUGGCUCCUCAUGAUUCCAAGGAAAUCAUCGAUCCUGAUUCAUGCCCAGUACCUGGCCAGAUGAACUCCACUGCCUCUGUAACGAACAAAGAUAUUCUCUACGACUGGGACGAAACCACCCAAGGACUGAUUUUGAGUUCCUUCUUCUGGGGUUACGUAAUAACUCAUCUUCCUGGAGGAAUAUUGGCAGAGAAGUUCGGAGGAAAAUACUCUUUGGGGUUGGGAAUUUUAUCGACUGCCAUCUUCACACUUAUCACGCCUUGGGUGAUUUUUGCAACGAAUGGAAAUUGGAAAAUCCUUGUGGCUUUGAGAGUUAUCGAAGGAUUGGGAGAGGGAACAACAUAUCCAGCUCUCAAUGCUCUUCUAGCUAAAUGGGUUCCAAUUGGAGAACGUGCCAAAAUUGGAUCUUUAGUUUAUGCUGGCAGUCAAAUAGGUACCAUUAUUAGUAACAGUAUUAGCGGAUGGCUGAUCAACGCAACCAAUGAAUGGGCAUCAGUAUUUUACGUUUUUGGAGCAGGUGGAAUCAUCUGGUUUAUAGUUUGGGUUCUCAUCUGCUACUCAGAUCCUGAAACACACCCUUUUAUUAGUGACGAAGAGAAAAUGUACUUAAAAAAGGAACUAGACACAUCAAAUGAGAAGAGGGAGAUCCCUUGGGGAGCCAUAUUAACGUCAGCUCCCCUUUGGGCCCUGGUGAUGGCCCAAAUCGGCCACGACUGGGGGUUCUUCACAAUGGUGACCGAUCUACCGAAAUACAUGAGCGACGUAUUGAAGUUCAAGGUCAAAGAGAACGGGAUGUGGUCUUCCUUGCCGUACGCUGUCAUGUGGUUGGUCUCCAUCGGAUCUGGAUGGCUUUGCGAUUGGCUGGUAUCUAGCGGAUAUAUGGGAAUUACCUUUGCUAGGAAGUUCUUCACAUCAGUAGCUUCGAUUGGUCCUGCGAUAUUCAUUAUGGUGGCGUCCUACUCCGGAUGCGACAAGUAUCUUACAGUUGCUAUGUUUACGAUUGCUAUGGGAUUCAUGGGAACUUUCUAUUGCGGAAUGAAGGUGAAUGCUCUCGAUUUGUCACCGAACUUUGCGGGAACGCUCAUGGCUAUUGUAAAUGGAAUUGGAGCCAUCACUGGAAUUUUUACUCCUUAUUUAGCUGGGGCGUUAACAGAAAAUCAUACGCUGAAGGAGUGGAGGACGGUCUUCUGGAUAUCAUUCGCUGUCUUUAACGUCACCAACUUGGUUUACUGCUUCUUCGGAAGCGGGGAAGAACAAAAGUGGAACAAUUCAGCGAAAGACCAUGAAAUGCAAGCAAGGUACGGCAGCGUAAGCAGCAAAAGUAAAGAUCAAAGUAACGGCACAUCCAGAGGAGACAAACCAAGGAACAAAACUGGAGAGACUCAGGAGAAUCCAGUUUGAAGUUCCAAAACCAGUGGGUUGAAGUUCCUUCCACAGGGUGUUAGCGUUAAGUCGUGAAGUGAGUUUCUGACGAGAACGAAGAAUAUAUAUUGUUUUGAUUCUUCUUUUACUUAGAUCUUCUGAGGAAAGAUCUGAUAGGGAAGUAAAGUGAUAAUUUCUUGGUUCAAGGAAGAUUCGUUAUGUAUAUAUUUUGAUAUUUUAGAUGGAAUUUAUACUUGUUAUUGAAAUUAUCAAAUUGACACGUUAUGCUGACACGAGAAGUUCCUCUUUUCUAUAGACGAUGUUACAUCAGACAUUAGUUUUACAAUAUGAAUGUGAUUUGGACGACUUGAAAUACACCAAGACAGAAAUAAUCAUUAAAAUAUAAUUGACGUGAAACAAAUUUUUGUAUAGGAAAUAUAAAUGUGAUACCUACAGGGUCCAAAAAUUUAAGAGACUCCAGAUUUCCCAAAAAUAAUUCAGUAUUAUUGUGAUGCUUUUUCAGGUCGGUAUACUUCGGAAAUGAAACAAAAAUCAAUCUAUAUUUAAGAUUUAAUGAUAAUUGAAUAUGAUUUUCCACUUAUUUUUGAAUCACUUCUACCCUUGUAGAGGCUAUUCCUAGCCUAUCAAAAAUAUUGAAAUCUCUUUCAAUUUUCUUGGCAGAGCAUAAAAUUCUGCUAAAGUUACAAUUAUUAUAAUCGUUUAUUUUAUAAUCGAAUACGUUUAAAUUAUUCACUGUUUUGAUACAUUAUGAAAAUCUUACAAUAAGUAUGAGUAUCAUACUUUAGGAAUACGAUAUGAUAUGAUGAAAUGAUUUUAUGAUUUAACUCAAUUACGACAAUAAAGUACUUUAUGAUGAUGUAUAUUCCGAUUAGAAUAUGUAUAUAUGAUUAGAGUAGUGAGUAGGUAAAUAAAAUUAUCAACAUUUUUAUUUUUAAUGGAAAAAAUAAUUGUGACUUGAUUCAUUUGUCGAAUUAUACCUGGAGAAAUUUAAAUACUGCAUUAAGACAAAGAUAAAUAAUGUCAGGAAAAGUCUAUAACUUAUGUAUUUACCUGGACAUAAUCCUUAGUGAGAUAUUGCUAGGGUCUAAUUUGAAAUUCAAUGAAAUGAGAGGAUUUUGUGAUAUUAGUGUACAAUUGAUAGAAACUUAAACUAGGAUUGUAAAUAUACAAGGUGUUUCAUAACGGAACACCAUAAAUGAAACAGAAUUAACUUUUUUGUAUGUUCAAUAGUGUAACUGAAAAAAAAUCCUAUAUUUUUCACAAUGUUCCAGUGUUUUAGAAAUAACUAUUUUACAAAUAGUGCCAGUUCAUAUUUUUGAGUAUUGUUUGUACAUAGAUUUAUUUAUUUAUGUAACUAACUCCGAUUGUCAUGUUCUAAAUAAAACACCUCAACAAUU